GCAGGACUGCUCCAUCCAUGCAACUGCACUAUGGAUCCUUGUUACAACCAUACAAGCUCUCAAAAAAGGAUGGACUUCCCCCUGCAGCUGCUGGUUGGGUCCUGCCUCACCAUCCUCAUCGUGAUUACUCUCUGUGGUAACAUCAUCGUCUGCCUGGCCGUCACCCUGGACCGCCGGCUCCGCAGCCUGACGAACUGUAUCAUUGUCUCCUUGGCCAUCACUGACCUGCUGCUGGGCCUCCUGGUGCUGCCGUUCUCUGCCUUCUAUGAACUUGCCAAAGAAUGGCCCUUCGGCAGCACCUUGUGCAACAUCUACACCAGCCUGGAUGUCAUGCUGUGCACGGCUUCCAUCCUCAACCUCUUCAUGAUCAGCCUGGAUCGCUACUUUGCCGUCACCACCCCACUCCGCUACAGCCAGCUCGUCACUCCCUCCCGGGUGGCUGUGGGCUUGGCUGUUAUUUGGACGGUUUCACUGAUGGUUUCCUUCCUACCCAUUCACCUGGGCUGGAACACCAAUGGCACAGCAGUCCAAAACACAGUCCCCAACUGCAACAGGGAGUGCACGCUGGAGGUGAACCCCGUGUAUGGGCUAGUGGAUGCGUUGCUCACCUUCUACAUCCCUCUGGUCAUUAUGUGCAUUACCUACUACCGGAUAUUCAAGAUAGCAAGGGAGCAAGCCAAGAGGAUAAACCACACAUGGUGCUGCAGCAGCAACACCCACAUGCCGCCCAUGGUGAGGGAGCACAAAGCCACCGUGACACUAGCAGUGGUGAUGGGAGCAUUCAUCGUGUGUUGGUUCCCCUAUUUUACAGUGUUCACAUACCGGGGGAUGUGGGGGGACAGCAGGGUGAAAGGCACACCCAUGUCCAUUGUCCUCUGGCUGGGCUACGCCAACUCAGCCCUGAACCCCAUCCUCUAUGGGACACUCAGCAGGGAUUUCCGGGCGGCUUACCAGCACUUGCUGCACUGCUGGAGGACUGGGGGCCCCAGGAGCUCCGACCUGCCUCCCUCCCAGAAGGCCCAUUCCAGGGGCAGGAACUGCAGGCAGAGCCAGGGCAGGCAGGAGGGUAAACCCCUGAGACUGGAGAUGAGGAACGGGAAGGGGAUCUUGCUGACCGAUGGAGCCCUCAAGAGGUAA